AUGGCCUGUGUUGGUCUCGUCUCUCUUAUCCGAACACUAGAGUUGCAGUUCUUAGAGCAACGACCAUUCUUGGUUGUUGAUUACAAUGAUGAAAUCCAGUGUCUUCAUCAAAGGCUUUCUGUUUUGGUAGCCCUUCUUGAGGAAUCUGAGAAAGAGCUCAAUGUUAGCCAGGCCCAGAAAGAUGUUAUUGCAAGAGCUAAAGACAUAAGUUUGAGAGCUGAAGAUGAGAUUGAAUCUGAAGUAAUUGAGAUCCUUUCCAAUGGAGCUUCUCAUGAAACACUCCAUCAAAUCUUGCAACGUCUUGCACAAGACACUGAAGGGCUUAUUGAGCAAAGAAACACUACCCAAAUGCUGCCGUCAUAUAAUCCCGGCCAAUCAAGCCAGGAGCACAUCAUACCUGGAAGAGCUUCAAAGCCGCAGCAGGAUGAUGCAAUAAUGGUAGGGCACGCCCAAGAAUUGAAGAGGAUGAAGGAGAUGCUCCUUCAGCUCUCCACUCAGGAACGACAAGUUAUAUCCAUUGUCGGCAUGGGAGGGAUUGGCAAGACAACAAUGGCCAAAAACAUCUACGAUGAUCCAUCAAUAAGAUCUCGCUUUGAUGUUCUUGGUUGGGUAACCGUGUCUCAACACUAUGAUUUGCAGAGAAUCCUCUCCGACCUGUGCUGUUCUGUGGUACAAAUGACCGAUGAAGAAAUUAGUAAGGUGAAAAGUAGUGUUGAGCUUGCAGACAAAUUACGUCGGCGCCUGAUGGGUCGAAGGUAUCUUCUUGUGGUGGAUGACAUAUGGGGCAACAGAGGAUGGGAUGAUCUACAAAGAUGCUUCCCAGAUGAUUCCAACGGUAGUCGAAUAUUGUUGACUACUAGACUCAAAAAGGUAGCAGAUUACAUUGGAUGUUCAGGUAAGUAUGUUUCAAACUUGCCUUUCCUAAAUUCAAAUGAAAGUUUGAAACUGUUUUCCCACAAGAUGGGAAGCAUAAAAUUGCCUCCAGAAGUUGAAGAAGUUGGUAGAAGCAUUGUGUAUAAAUGCGGAGGAUUACCACUUGCUAUUACUGUAGCCGCAGGGCUUCUCUCCCAAACCAAAAAGUCAGCAGAAAAUUGGCAGAGUAUUGCCUCAGAAAUGAAUAUUCUAAUGACUUCAGAUCUUCAUGACCAAUGCUCAACCAUACUCACUCUCAGUUUAAACAACUUGCCUUACCAUUUAAAAGCCUGUUUCUUAUACUUUGGAGUCUUUUCUAAAGUUAGAACAGAAAUCCCCACAAAAGAUCUUCUCAAUUUAUGGAUUGCCGAGGGAUUUAUUAGGGAAGAUAGUGGUAGAAGUUUGGAAGAGGGUGCCAUGGGUUACUUACAAGAUCUAAUUGACAGAAAUCUAGUGCUUGUUAGCAAGCUAAGUUUCACUGGCAAUAUCAAGACAUGUAGAUUGCACGAUUUGUUAUUUGACUUUUGCUUGAGAGAAGUAGAAAAAGAGAAGUUAGUGUCUGCUUUUUAUCAAAGAAGUGAGAAAGAACCCAUAUUCAGUGUCAACAAUAAUUUCCACAAAUCUCGUACCCUUUUAUUCUUUUUUGGUGAUUCUGGAUAUUUUGUGAGGAAUGACUAUGUAUCAUGGAGACAAGAUGUGUCUUUCAAGAUGAUAAGGGUACUGGACCUAAGGACAAUUUACUUCGGUGGGGCUCCAACUUUUGACAUCACGGAUUUGAUUCUCUUAAGAGAGGAAAUUGACUGUGAUGAGGAGAUUGGCAGUCAAUGGUUGCAAGAUCUAUGGAAGUCUCAAAAUUUGAGGUUUAUUGAGUAUCCUUAUCCAUUCCCAAUAGAUACUGAUGAGAUUCCAGUUCAUGAUAUUUUGCACACUCUUUAUUGGGUGUCUUAUUUCCAGUGCACAAAAGAAUUUUUUUUGAAGAUUCCAAAUGUUAAAGUGUUGGGGAUUAGAUGCACUGAAAUAAGUACAUUUCAAAUUGGAACUUGGUGGGAUAAUCUUCACUACUUAACUAAGCUUGAGAAACUAGUAGUUGAAGAUUUGAAGUCCGAACCAAGCAAACUUGGAAGUAUUAACUCCUUUCCACAAAGCCUUAAGAAGUUGAAAAUUAGAGGAUCACAGCUCAGUUGGGAAGUUGUUACCGUCAUCAGUAUGUUGCCAAAUCUUGAAUCGCUCAAACUUGUCCAAGCUUAUAAGAUGGGAGAUGAGUGGGAAACUGGAGACGAACUGGGAAACUAUGAGUGA